GUUGCUCAGAAUGGAACAGUCUUUUAAAACUGCACAGGAAGAGGAUACGGGUCAGGAGGACGACGUUUCUGAAUUAAUAUCGUUCAUUUUUUAACAUGUCCUGAGCUAAUGUCCACCUGCGGUUAGUAAUAUGUGGUUAGCUUGACGCUUUGCCAGUUUUCCAGCCCCGUUUGGUCCCAAGCCGUUGCACGAGGUAUGAUGAAAGAAAUAUAACGGUACAUCUGGGCGUGUUUACAUCUGCUACCUACAAUUCAGCUCUGAUGAUAUUAUGAGUGUUCACCUCGACCACUGCUGCAGCUGCACAGGAAAGACAGCCAUUGCUUCAACAAAAUUGCAGCCAGUUCUGUCAACCAUCAUCUAAAAAGUGGCUGUUCAAUGCCUAACACAUCGGAAGGUCAAGGAGCAAACCUCUCCGGGCCAGCAGAACCGUCAGGGCUGCAGAGGCCCACCGAUGGGGAGGAGGAACACGGCCUGAUGAGCUCCCUGGCCCGGGACGCUGCGAGAGUAAGGAGGGCUUCCAGUGCUGAACUCCACCUGCCCUGGACCUGCCCGGUCACACACUCCCGGGAGAAGUUCUACACCGUGUGCUCCGAUUAUGCUCUCCUCAACCAGGCUGCCUCUGUGUACCGCCCCCCAAAUGUAGCCAGGGACAAGCAGGAUGACGGGCUGUCGCUUGGGAAGCCCAAACCCUCUGCUGACUUCAGCGCUGGCCAAUCUGGAGGGGACCAUGUGGGAUCAGACGGGGACUGGGACAUGGUGGAAGUGUCCUCUGGCCACACUAAACCUAUUUUGGCCUGGGAGAUUGACACCACAGACUUCAAUGCUGUGCUCACUAGAAAAACAAGAACCAGCAAUGUGAAGAAAAGCAGCACCAAGAAGAUGAAGUCAUCAGACCGACCCAGCCGAAAUCUGCAAGAAGUCCCUCCUCAUGCCUCGCUGGAGGAGAUCAAACAGAGGAAAGUGCUCGACCUCAGAAGAUGGUACUGCAUCAGUCGGCCGCAGUACAAGACUUCAUGUGGAAUCUCUUCUCUGAUUUCCUGCUGGAACUUCUUGUACAGCACUCUGGGUGCAGGGAGUCUGCCGCCCAUCUCUCAGGAGGAGGCUCUGCAUAUUCUGGGCUUCCAGCCGCCUUUUGAAGAAAUCAAGUUCGGUCCUUUCACCGGCAAUGCUACUCUGAUGCGGUGGUUUAGACAAAUCAAUGACAAUUUCCGAGUGAGAGGUUGUUCCUACAUUCUGUACAAACCUCACGGAAAACACAAGACGGCCGGAGAGACGGCUGAAGGAGCGCUGACGAAACUGACACAAGGGCUGAAAGACGAGUCCAUGGCCUACAUUUACCACUGCCAGAACCACUACUUCUGCCCAGUGGGCUUUGAAGCCACGCCACUCAAAGCAGCAAAGGCUUACAGGGGCCCCCUACCCAUAAACGAAACGGAGCACUGGAUCCUUAUUGGCGAGCCCAGCAGGAAACACCCAGCUAUGCACUGUAAAAAAUGGCUGGACAUUGUGACGGACCUCAACACACAGAACCCAGAAUACCUGGACAUCCGUCACACAGAGAGGGGGAUUCAGCGACGCAAAACCAAAAAGGUGGGAGGCAACCUGCACUGCAUCAUGGCCUUCCAGAGGGUCAAUUGGCAGAAGCUCGGCCCCUGGGCUCUAAACCUGGAGAACCUGCGCCACGACUUUCACCACCACGGCACAGAGCGGCCCCAGGGGGGCGCCACAGAGGAAGCGGAGGAGAGGACGUCAUCCAAGCGACUGGCCUACCUGGGACGCUCGCACAGUAUGGGGAGUCAGAAAGACACGAGCUGGAAACGCCAGUCCAACGUGACAGAGUACAGACAGAGGAGCUCUCCUGACAGCGACCUGGAGGAAGACAUCACAGACUGAACAGGUUUGAGAACAGACAUUACAAUACAGUACAGUAGCCCUAGGAUAUGUUUGAAAAGCAUAGCUCUGAUGUUAUUCUUUAUUUAAAUGCAAACAAAUCCUGUGCAAAGACCAAAACCAACAACCUGUUAGUCUGCCUGACUUUCUGAGCCGGCCUCUGGCUCUCAGCCCAGAGCACAUAUGCUGCUACUACUGAAGAUGUAAAUCUUUAAACAUAUACAGAUGGGUGACAAAUUAAAGGAAACAUUAACUGCCUUAGUGUAGAAUAGAGUCGGGCCACCACGAGCCUCAAGGAUAGAUUCCCUGCUCCUUGCAAACUCUGUAGGUCGUUUUUUUGGCUUCAUUAACAGAAAGAGAAUGGAAGGGGAAGCUGUGCACCAAAGGGACCUCUGCCUUAGUGGUACGCACUCCACCAGAGAGCCACCGGGACGCUACAGCAGUGGUGGAAAAAGUAUUCAGUAUUACUUAAGUAAAAGUACUAAUACAACACUGCGAAAUUCCAAAUACAUUGUUGGAUUGUUAUUAUUGAUGAAUUUAUGUAAGCAGAAUUUUACUGUUGUCCAGAUAUGGCUUAUUUAAACUACUUAAUAUACUGUUAUGAGAUUUACUUAAAAAAUGUCUAAUCACUUUAAAUUUAUCAUGUUUUUCAUGUUAAAUCUCAACCUGAAAAGUAAUUAAAGCUGUCAGCUAAAUGUAGUGGAGUAAAAAGUACAAUAUUUGCCCCUAAAAUGUAGCGUAGUAGAAGUGUAAAAUUACAUUAAAUGGGAAUACUCAAGUAAAGUACAAGUACUUCAAAAAUGAGACUUAAGAACAAUACUUGAUUAAAUGUACUUAGUUACUUUCCACCACUGUCACAGGUCUGUAGGACUUCAAUAAAGCGAUAAACACCCAUUCCUCCUCCAUAUAUUCCCU